GCGAACACUGGCAGCCAUGGUAACCGCCAGACGCUAAGCUAGGAAGGAACAUGGCGCGGUACUUGGUGCUAACAUAAAUAGCAUGUUAAUUCGCUGUGUUUUUGACCAGUGCCCUACUAGACUCACUUCAUUACGGAAGCGGUUAGAUGACUAAGGGAUAAUUUGUGGUUGCUUAGCAUUUUAUUGUCGGUUUGCCCACGCUGAUCCUCCGAGGGCUUUCCGUCGGUUUAGCAUCUUUGCUAUCUGGAAGACUGAGCUGUUUAUACCUCCAGCACACUUAUGGCUUUCUAUGAGGUGUACUCUCACCCGGCUUUGAUUCGGUACAAAACGAGCGUGUGCACGAAAGCCACGCUGUUCCUGGUUGUGGUUCUGUGCCUCACCUACAUCCCGCCUCUGCUGGUUGCUUACAGGAGCCAAGGUUUUUGGAUAAAAAGGAGCACUUAUGAGGAACAGCCAGUUGUGAGAUUCCAGUAUCAGACUCUGCUUGUUGCAGCAACCAGUACUAGGGGAGAAUAUGUCGCCUGGAGCACCUUCCCCCAACUUAACAACAUGCUAGGAGCCAACCUCCGGAUUCCUGCUGUCACUGUGAGAGAAGAGGACCAGAACCAGGAUGGGAAACUGGACCUCCUGGUCUUUCAGCUGCAGCUUCCUCUGAAACCCAAUGAGCAGGUGUACAGCAUUCAGCUGCUGCUCACCUUCAGCUACCAGCUCUUUCGGAUGUCCACCGUGGUGAUGCAGAGUCUGGCAUACAUGCAGCACUCCUCUUCUGUCCCCGGAGCUAAGCUGUUCAUCAGCGGAGACCUGAGGCUGCAGCAGAGAACGCCUUUGCCUCACAGGGGGCUCUACAAUAUUUAUAAUGUGUCGGUGAUCGAUGGCUCCAGCCCUUUUGCGAGCGCGUAUGACCUCGAGAAUAUAAUCAGGAGCUACCAGAACAGAAACUUGACCACAGUGCUGUCCUGCCCAAUCCCCGUGUGGACUAUAGGACGAGCUGCUGCUGCUCCCUUUGAGUUUAAAGCUGAAAUCCGCUACCCUGUGGAGGUCAUCAGCUAUCGCCCCGGCUUCUGGGAAACCAUCAAAUUUGCCUGGAUUCAAUAUGUCAGCAUCCUCCUCAUCUUCCUCUGGGUCUUUGAACGCAUCCAGAGAUUUGUUUUCCAGAACCAGGUUCUGACAACUGUCCCAGUCCCAGUGGGAAAACCUCACAUGUCAUGAUGGUAGUGCUUCAACCUCCUUAUGCAGCCUGCCCACAAUCUUCUUUUUCCUUGUUCUUCUUUGAACUUCUUUCUGCUGUUGCCUCUCGUGUGUUAACUCAGGUUUACAGUUAGCAGUAAGUGCUGCCCCAUCAUCGUCCAGAAAACCUGUUUUGGUGAUCUGAAACACAUUCACACAUUAGGACCAGGCAGCAUCCUCGCAACAUCAGUACAACCAGCACCCAUGCUGCACAUUCAAUUUUAAAACUGCUUUGAUAUUUGUUAGAAAGCAGAAUCAGUCUGUCUUUUGUUGCACGCAGGAACUUAAAA